AUGUCUUCCGGUAUGAAAUUUCUUUAUUAUAAUCAAAAAACACCUAUUCGAAGGACUGUAUCCUCUAAUCCUGAUGGGCAUCGUUUAGAAGAGUUGAAAAGACGUUUUCGUCGUAGUGGAAGUUUAGGUAUUCCUUUCUUUCCUGAAGGUGAUGAUGGAAAUGAAUUAAAAGAAUUAACAAUUGAAGAAGAAACUGAAGAAGAUGAAAAUAUUGGUAAUGUUAAGGAGGAAGGGUCUAGAUUAUUAACAAUUGUUGUUCAAUCACAAAAAGGAACUCAAAGUUUAAUAAAUAUGAUGACUGCAAUACCUAAAGGCACAAUUGUUAGACAUUUUGAAUCUCGCGAUCCAAAAGACGGAGAGAAAAACGAAUUGGAAGUUUUAUUGGAAUUAGAAUUGGAUUUAACUACAAAAACAGAUGAAAUGUUUUUUUGCAUUCAAAAGGCUGGAUUUAAUGUUAGAGAAAUUAGCAGAACUGUUGCUCCUCAUGGAGCUUUAGAACCCUCUGAUCCUGGGUCUGCUGAUGCUAUUUCUGGAGCUCUUUGGUUUCCAAAAAGUAUUUAUGAUUUGGAUAUUUGUUCAAAACGAGUUAUAAUGUAUGGGGCUGGACUUGAUGCUGACCAUCCGGGAUUUAAAGAUAAAGAAUAUAGAAGUAGAAGAAUGAUGUUUGCAGAUAUUGCAAUUAAUUAUAAAAUGGGAGAACCUAUUCCACGAAUUGAAUUUACUGAAACAGAGAAAAGAACUUGGUAUAUUUCAAAUUAA